UGUUGUGCGGACUGAGCAGUUUGCACUUCCAUGCUUCAGUCCUGUGAAGCUGAACUGAGCCGAACAAGUUUAUGGUUUACUCUGUGUACUGACUGGACCUCACGGAGCGUUACUGUACGCUACGACGUGUCAUUGUUAACCCGCUGAAAGGAGCUGUGUCCCGCCUGGUGAUGGCUAACGAGCGGCUCAGAGCUCUGGAGGAUGUGGAGAAGGAGAUAGCGAUGGUCCUGCAGUGUGCCGGUAACAUUGUCCUGGAGCUCUCCAAAGACAAACACAACGCCAGCUUCCUGGACAGACAGCUGGUCCAGUUCCAGAGCUCCGUCAACCGGGUGGAGAGUGAACUGAGCGGCCAGAUCCGCUACCUCACCCAGGUAGCUACUGGUCAGCCUCACGAAGGCUCCACGUACUCAGCCAGGAAGGACUGUCAGAUGGCUCUGAACAGGGCAGAGUACGCCAAGGUCAAACUGGGAGAACUGGGACGGACCUGUGAAGUCAUGCUGGAGCAGCAGCAGCAGCAGCAGCAGCAGCAACAGCAGCAGCAGCAGCAGCAGCAGCAGCAGCAGACAUGAGAGGAGAGAGGGCGGCUGACUGGUGGAUUCAUGAUCAAUGGGCAACACUUGAUGAGGCUGAUGAGCCACAUCCUCCACUUCUACCACCAGCAUUACAUGUUUUUUAAUAAUCCUUUUUUUAUUGUAGUGAUAAAUACUGAGUUUCACAGGAAACACACAAAAAAACAUGUUAUAUACAAGAUGUCUGAUUUUCUAAGGAGUGUAUGUUGAGUAUAUUUUGUUGCUCAUGGUCAAUUUUUUCUUCUUCAUGCACAACUACCAAGACCUCUGAAGACCAACAGAAAGAGCAGUGUUCAGGUUUGUCCUUCAGUCUCACACUUCAACAGAUUCAUUGUACAGGUGUUGAAGCAUUUUAGCCGCUGAUGGAGCCUCAUGUACGGAGCAUGUGAGACUGUUAGAAGAGACUAACCGACAGUAAUAAGUAAACAAUGAUGAUGAUGACCUGGCUGUCAUAUGUUGUACAGUCUUUUGGACCAAUAUGAAAUGUUAAUACAGAAACACAGUGAAGUGACUCUGAUCCAGGACCUCGACACAUGACAGUCCUCCAUCAGUGAGACUCUGGAGACGCUUCACCUCCAGGUCCAGUCCAGCGUCAUUAACUCUUCAGACAUGUCCUGCUCUCACACCUGCACCGGUCAGCUUCUGUUUGACAGCUGGAAAUAUUUUUCACAGAAUACAUAAAGCUCUGUACGACAACUUUUUUUUGUUAAACAGCAAAAUAAAGACUUUUUUUUUUUUCUAGUUACAACAGUUUUUACCUUUUAUUGAGUAAACAACAUAAAGAUCAUGUAACAUUGUUUCUUCUUAUAUUUGAAGUGAGAUGUUUCCUAUAAAUGUUUGAUUAUAAUGGUAAUAGAUGUGAUAUCUUACAUUUGCAUUUAUUAUACAAAUCUCAUAUUUCUCAUAAAACAAUGUGCGAAAAAAAAUCAGGCAGAUUCGACACUUAUGAACCGAUUGUCACACAGGAGAGACUCAGUGUAGGAUUUACAGUCUUUGAUGCCGUAGCUCAGGCUCAAUAUGUGUGGACCAGGACAAACCAGACGCUGUGGUUGAUCGUCCAUGUGGUUGACUCGCAUAUUAAAAUAUGACAGACAGAAUCAGCUCCAUGCUAACAGUUUAGUUCCACACUACAGUGAGAUCACAGUGAAGAAUAUAAUGAAGCAUAACGGGUGUAGUUACGUUGCAACAUGAUUGAACAGAUGACUCUAAACAUGGGCGAACAUCUUCCGUUUUUCAGGGUAACUGGUUAUUAAAUAAAGUGUUGGACAGAUCUGAGUUUCCACACAGGAUGAAAAGUUAUUACAGUUCAUCCUUGGGGGAACAUCAUCCAAUGGUUUUAGGGAUUAGAGGCCAGAU